AUGAGCUUGCCAGGUCCACGUGGCUUAGUGGAAUUUGAAUCCGGGCCCCCACUCUGCACCAGCCCUGCACUCGCAGUCAUCCUGCUGUGUUCUCCUCUCCGUGAAGGCACUGCCCAUAGUCUGUCUGAUAGGGGUGUUGAGUGCUCACUGAAUCACUUUGAUUCAGCAGGCUCUGCUUGGAAGCCUAGAUUUUUAAGAAGAUACGCCGUGUCCACCAUCCAGCGUCGGAGGCAUCAUGGCUUCCGGGUAAAGAAGAAGAUGUACUCACAAGAAGCCUCAUGGCAGCUGUCUUUUCCCCUUACCACCAUCAGUGCCUCCUUGUUCCUGGGCCCUGCUUUCUCUGAUGGGUGCUCCACUGUUUUCCUAUACCUCAGUGACUACAGCUGGAUGUCUUUUCUGGAAUCUAGGAGGUGGCCCCAGGAAGAUGACUUCCAUCAUAUCUUCAGCAACCUUGAAAGAUUGGAUGAGCUUCGGCCCAGUCUUGAAACUCCCCAAGAGGACACUGUACACGACAUCACUAAUGAGGAUGCUGUACAUGACAUCGCUAAUGAGGACACUGUACAAGACAUCGUUAAUGAGGACACUGUAUACGACAUCGCUAAUGAGGACACUGUAUACGACAUCGCUAAUAAGGACGUUGUAUAUGACAUCGCUAAUGAGGACGCUGUAUAUGAUGUCACUAAUGAGGACACUGUAUACUACAUCGCUAAAGAGGAUGCUGUACAAGACAUCGCUAAUGAGGACACUGUAUACGAUGUCGUUAAUGCGGAUGCUGUAUAUGACAUCGCUAAAGAGGACACUGUACAAGACAUCUCUAAUGAGGAAGCUGUAUACAACAUCACUAAUGAGGACGCUGUACAAGACAUCGCUAAUGAGGACACUCUAUAUGACAUUGCUAAUGAGGACAUUGUAUAUGACAUUGCUAAUGAGGAUGCUGUACAAGACAUCACUAAUGAGGACACUGUAUAUGACAUCGCUAAUGAGGACGCUGUAUACAACAUCAUGCUAAUGAGGACACUGUAUACAACAUUGCUAAUGAGGAUGCUGUAUACGACAUCGCUAAUGAGGAUGCUGUACAAGACAUCGCUAAUGAGGAUGCUGUAUAUGACAUCGCUAAUGAGGAUGCUGUAUAUGGCAUCGCUAAUGAGGACACUGUAUAUGACAUUGCUAAUGAGGACGCUGUACAAGACAUCACUAAUGAGGACACUGUACGACAUCACUAAUGAGGACAUUGUAUACAACAUCGCUAAUGAGGAUGCUGUAUAUGACAUCACUAAUGACACUGUACACGACAUCGCUAAUGAGGACGCUGUAUAUGACAUCGCUAAUGAGGACACUGUAUAUGACAUUGCUAAUGAGGACGUUACAUCCCUAAUGAGGACGCUGUAUACGACGUUGCUAAUGAGGACGCUGUACACGACAUCACUAAUGAGAAUGCUGUAUACGACAUCGCUAAUGAGGACACUGUACAAGACAUCUGUAAAAAAGAAGAUGCUGCCAAGAUUUGAUUAUGGAGAGCAUAUCUGA